AUGGCAACCUACACGCAUCCAUCCUCCCACAAACCCUCGAAUCCUACUUCCUACCCUCCUGGUGCCACCGCUGCGUCUGUACCGGUAUCCAGUGACCUUCAAUACGCCUCUGGCUUCCUCGAAAUCUCUUCACCUGCUACAUACGUCCAAGGAUGGGAAAAGAACGCGAAGAAUACCUCAAACACAUCGGAUAAACAGGCUGUAAAGCUGUAUGUGAGGCUAGACUCCACUGCCGGCGGCUAUGAAGUACAUCUACUGCAAAAUUUUCACCGCAAAAUUGAAUCACACCAUCGUCGGUAUGGACGCAUUCCACCCCACUCAGAUAUCGAACUCAAUUCUUCGGAAGCUAGUGGAGGGGAAACAUUGCCAUCAAUGACGAACGAGGAAAAAGAGCAAGGUUUACACAAAGCAAGAGAGACCGAGACAGAACAAUCCACAACCGCUUACUCUACUGAUCCUCAAGAGGUGGCCUACGACCAACUAAAAGCCGACCACAAGGCCACAUGGGAAGGCAUGUGGGCGGCGAACGAUGGUGAAGCCGUCGUUCCUCGCCCCCCUCGUGUGAAUUCACAACAAAUUAUGGUAGACCCGGACGUCGAGGUGGUAGAUACUAGCCGAAUUCCCACCGUCAACCAAAUCUCCACCACCAGCCGAAUCCCCGUCCUCAACCAAAUCCCCGUCCUCAACCAAAUCCCCGUCCUCAACCAAAUCCCCGUCCUCAACCAAAUCCCCGUCCUCAACCAAAUCCCCGUCCUCAACCAAAUCCCCGUCCUCAACCAAAUCCCCGUCCUCAACCAAAUCCCCGUCCUCAACCAGAUACCAAUCCCCAAAGGCUGGGCCCUCCCAUUCAACGUACCUGAAUUUCUAGCGAGAACUAAAGCUUAUCGGCAGAACCGGGACAUGAUCAACGCAUUUUACGAAGUUUCCGAGCACACGACGAUCGCAUCUUUCUUCAAGGUACCACGAGAGGUCCUGGACAGAAUCGUCGAUGAUGUUCUAGAGAUGGAGUUUCGCUGUUUGAUAGAUCGAGAGCAAACACAAAACAAUUGUGCUCUUCGCAUAUGUCUGAAGUCUUACGCCACAACGAAUCACUUGACACCAGAAGAACUUGAGGAAGCAUCAAGUCUUGAUAAAGCACUUGCUAGCGUAGAGGCACGCAGUUCAAGUGCGGUUGAGAUUCGGAAGCAGAGUAGUGAAUUGGACCGUGUCGAUCUCAUGAGACACUAUCUGGCGCAGCUCGAGAUCCUGAAGGAUUUAGGAGAAGUCCGGGACUCUCUCAAGACAUGGAAGUGGGCCAAGAAGCACCAUUCGACAGCUUUAGAGCUGUACAAAAUCCGCCCCGCGCUCAAAUUCUCCAAAGCCGUCCUCCCGACUCCGGAUGUCUGUGAGCUGCAGAACAGGGGAAUGCACUACGACGCGGAACUCUGGGUCUAUUGA